GGUCACCUGCAAAUAGUCCUCAAAGCAGUGAUAACAGUGAUACACAUCAAAGUGGAGGCAGUGACAUUGAAAUGGACGAGCAGCUUAUUAAUAGAACCAAACAUGUACAGCAGCGACUUUCAGACACAGAGGAAUCCAUGCAGGGAAGUUCUGAUGAAACUGCCAACAGUGGUGAAGAUGGAAGCAGUGGUCCUGGUAGCAGUAGUGGACAUAGUGAUGGAUCUAGCAAUGAGGUCAAUUCUAGCCAUGCAAGCCAGUCAGCAGGGAGCCCUGGAAGUGAGGUACAAUCAGAGGACAUUGCAGAUAUUGAAGCCCUUAAAGAAGAAGAUGAAGAUGACGAUCAUGGUCAUAAUCCUCCCAAAAGCAGCUGUGGUACAGAUCUUUGCAACAGAAAGUUAGAAAGCCAAGCAGGCAUUUGCUUGGGGGAUUCCCAAGGCCCAUCAGAAAGAAAUGGGACAAGCAGUGGAACAGGAAAGGACCUAGUUUUUAACGCUGAGGCAUUGCCAUCAGUAGAUAAUCGAAUACGAAUGCUGGAAGCCUGUUCACACUCUGAAGACCCAGAACCUGAUAUUUCAGGGGAAAUGAACGCUGGUCAUAUAGCACAAGGGUCUCAGGAGUCUUGUAUCACACGAACUGGGGACUUCCUUGGGGAGACUAUUGGGAAUGAACUGUUUAAUUGUCGGCAGUUUAUUGGUCCACAACAUCACCAUCACCACCACCACCAUCACCACCACCACGAUGG